AUGUCCAAAAAAUAUAAAACGAAAAACAAAAAGAAAGACUUCGAGUAUGACGACGAAGAACUCGAAGAAUUGAAGAAUCAAUACAACGAUAACUUCAAUCAAGACAUGAAUACAGUUAAGGAUAUACCAGAAGUAGUAGAGGAAGAGAAAGGAGAGGAAGAAGUGGUCGAAGAGACUAAAAGUAAGACUAAAUCCAAGAAUCAAAAGAAAACUAAAACAGAGACCAAACCUGAGGUCAAAGACAAGUCCAAAACAGAGACCAAACUUGAGGUCAAAGACAAGUCUAAAACAGAGACCAAACCUGAGGUCAAAGACAAGUCUAAAACAGAGACCAAACUUGAGGUCAAAGAAAAGGCUAAAACAGAGACUAAAGAAGAGGUGAAAGAGAAGACUAGAAGUGAGACGAAAGCAAAGGUGAGAGGAAGGGGUAAAACAAAGACAAAAGUAGAGGAGACUCGAGAAGAGGAGGAGGAAGAAGAAGAAGAGGUGAAAAUGGAUACGAAAUGUUCGGCCAAAGAAGUAGAGGAAAGCAAUGAAGACAUGGAUGUAAUUGAUCACAAACUGAAGAAACUGACGCAUAAGGAGAAGAGGAAAAUAAAACUACAGAAACAAAGAGAAGCCGAAGAGUCGGAACUGAUUCCACAACUGGACUCGAACUUCACGGUCUCGACGUCUAUGAACCAAUCGACACAAAUAGUGGACAAUUCAAUAAAAGUGGAGUGUUUUACGAUAAGUGCGGCCGGAAAGGAGCUCUUAGUGAACGCCUCCCUUUCCAUUACAAUGGGUCGACGCUAUGGUCUGAUUGGACCCAACGGUUACGGAAAGACAACUCUUAUGAGACAUAUUGCAGACAAAAGAGCCCUUCAUUUGCCAUUAGAUUUAGAAGUACUUCUUUGCGAACAGGAAGUGUUGGCCGACGACACGAGUGCUGUGAAUGUUGUGCUUAGAAGUGAUACCGUGAGGGUUGCACUUCAGGAGGAAUUGGACCUAUUGUUGGCCAAAGAGGAGCAACAGAAUAGCGACAGAAUUAACGAAAUAUACCAACAAUUGAGUGCAAUGGGCGCCGAUAGUGCCGAGUCGAGGGCUCGCCGUAUAUUAGCAGGUCUUGGGUUCACGACGAGUGAGAUGCAGGACAGGGCCACCAAACACUUCAGCGGCGGCUGGAGAAUGAGGGUCUCUCUGGCGCGCGCCCUCUUCAUGGAGCCAACGGUUCUACUUCUGGACGAACCGACCAAUCAUUUAGACCUGAAUGCCGUCAUUUGGUUAGACAACUACCUCCAGAACUGGAAGAAGACAUUAAUAGUUGUUUCACACGACCAGUCAUUUCUGGACAACGUUUGCACAGAUAUUAUACAUUUAGAUCAACAGAAGCUAUUCUAUUACAGAGGAAAUUACACUCAAUUCAAGAAAAUGUUUGAACAAAAGAAGAGAGAGUUUAAGAAAGACUUUGAGAAACAGGAGAAACACAUCAAACAAUUGAAAGCCAGCGGAAAGUCGGGAAAAGUGGCCGAAAAGCAGGUGAAAGAGCAACAAAGUCGCAAACAGGGGGACACUCAGGUGGGAGACCUCCUGAAGAGGCAGAAGGAAUAUGUGGUGAAAUUCAAGUUCGUUGACGCGCCUCCUCUGCAGCCGCCUGUCUUAGGACUGCAUGACGUGGACUUUGGUUACGACGCUAAGCAUCUUAUCUUCAAAGGCAUCGACUUUGGUAUCGAUAUGUCGAGUCGUAUCGCAAUCGUGGGUCCGAAUGGCGUGGGAAAGUCGACUUUCCUGAAGCUGUUGAGCGGAGAACUGCGUCCAAACAGGGGUGAGAUGCGGAUGAACCACAGGGCACGGGUCGCCAAAUUCGAUCAGCACUCGGGCGAGCACUUGACCACUGAGGAGACGCCCACCCAAUACCUGAUGCGGAUGUUUAACCUGACGUAUCAGGAGGCGCGCAAACAGUUGGGUUCAUUCGGUCUCAUAUCACACGCCCACACAAUACCCAACUCCCAGUUGAGUGGUGGACAGAAAAGUCGCGUCGCUUUGUGUGAAAUGGCGUUAAGGGGUCCACACGUUCUCAUAUUAGACGAGCCCACCAACAACUUAGACCUCGAAUCCAUCGACGCGUUGGCCAAAGCUAUCAACGAAUUUGAAGGCGGAGUCCUUGUCGUCACUCACGACGAGAGACUCAUACGGGAGACUGAUUGUCAGCUUUGGGUUAUUGAGAACCAGAAUAUCGAUGAAAUUGAUGGUGACUUCGAUGACUAUCGCGAAGAGAUCCUCAAUUCUUUGGGAGAGAAGGUCAACAACCCUUCCAUUUCAGCUCAAUUGGCCGGUGCUGUAUAG